AUGCAUGUUUUAAUUUAUACAACAAAUUAUGAUUAUGGUCAAGUUGAAGUUAAAAUGGAUAUUAUUUUCAUUUGGUCUUUAAAUCCAUUACUUGAAAUAUUUAAUGAAAAAAGUUUGAACAAGGAAAGAAUUAAUAUAAUUAGAUCAUCUAUGCUAGAUAAAAUAAUUGAUUUUUUAAAACCAUGGACUCAUGUAAUGAAACGUAUUCAAUCAUUUCAAGUAUCAUCAAUACAUACAGUAACACCAACUACUACUCGUGUUUUAGCUGUACCAGCUGCCAGUGCAGCAGUUGAACGUGAGUUCAGCUUUACUGAUAAUACUAUUACACAAAAACGCUCAAAAUUACCACCAGAUUCAGGAAAUGAUAUUGUUUUCAAUCAUUAA